UGGGGAAAUGCUCUCUUCCUCUCCUGGUGUUCCCCCGCCUCUCCUUGGCUCUCCUUGGGCCAAUGCCUGAAGGCAGCUGGAGAGGUCAUAUGCCUGUGGGGCAUCCCUGAGGGGGAUGGGAUGUUGAGGGACCCGCAGGCCCUGCGUCAGCACCGCUGCAAGCUUCAAAACCCGGCGCCGAGGCGGUUGGAGAGGAAGUGGGUGCUUGAGCCCAGCACCAUGUCGAAGCUGCAGCAGCUGCAGCAGUGUGACAUCCCAGCAGCCAGGCAGGUCCUGCGUGACAACUACUGCAAUCUCCAUCGGGUCGCUGACUACUGCGAGACCAACUAUGUGCAGACGAGUGAUAAGCAGAAGGCACUGGAAGAGACAAUGGCAUUUAGCACUCAAUCCCUGGCCAGCGUAGCAUACCAGGUCAGCAGCCUGGCCAACACUUUCCUCCAGCUGCUAGACCUGCAGGAGGCCGAGCUGUGGAAGGUGGAAGCCAACAUCAGCUGUGUGUCUCAGAGGAUUGACAUGCACAAGGAGAAAGUUUCUCGACGGGAGAUUGGGUCAUUGACCAUCAGCAAGAGGUUUCCAGCCCACCAGAAGAUCAUGUCACCUCCUGGCCCACCCUGCCUGGAGCCCUACUGCAGGAAACCCCUCAAUUUUAGCAUCCUGGAUGACAUUGGUCAUGGCAUAAAGGACCACAGCACCCAGCUCUCCCGCACAGGCACCCUGGCUCGGAAAGGGAUUAAGUCAGCCACACAGUCUGCAGGCACGCUGGGGAGGAGCUCCCGUGUCACUGAGCCCAUACAGCCACCUGUGGUUCCUCCGGGAAAGCUCUCCACAGCCUCGUCCACCUCCUCUCUGACAUCGGUCAGCUCGACUGGAGCCCUGGGAGACAGUGGUGAAGGCAUCCCUGCAGCACCAGCACUCCUGUCCCUCCCAGGGCCACCUCCCCUGGUUGCAGCCACUGUCCUGCCACCCGCACCUCUUCCCACAGACCUACCCCCCCCACCACUGGGGGACCUGGCCUUGCCCCCACUGGACAUCAUCCCCCCAGUUUCUGAUGACCUCGAGCCACCACUGCUGCCACCACUGGCUUUGCCUGACUUUGAGGAUUUCACCCCACUACUGCCACCAGAUGUGGAGGAGCCCGCCUGGGUCCCAGCGAGCUACCUGGAGAAAGUGGUGACCCUCUAUCCCUAUGCCCAGCAGAAGGACAAUGAGCUCUCCUUCCAGCCUGGGGCCCUCAUCUAUGUCACACGGAGGUACUCGGAUGGAUGGUGUGAGGGCAUCAUGGGCGAGGAAGUAGGUUUCUUCCCUGGCAAUUAUGUGGAGCCCUUCUGAGUGCCAGGGGUAGUCACCCUCUGCACCCCCAACCCCAGAUCACCCACCCAGCUCAGCUGCAUCCACUCAUGCUCGGGCUCCAGGAGGUGGGGAGGGCUCUGCUAUGCCAUUGAAUUUUGGCUUUGCACAGAUGGUGUUCUGCACAGCUCAAAGGUUUUGCUGCAGUAUGGCAAGGGCAGCCAUGCUGGGGCUCCAUCUCAGAUGCUGCUACCCUCACUGCUGCACCCUGGCAGCCUCCAGCACCAAGCGCAUCCCCACUACCUGCUCUCUGCACCUCUCUCACCCAUGUUUUCUUUUUUAAUUACACCAGAAAUCACUGCUGAUAAUCUGAAGGUUCAGCACUAGGGAAACUCAGCUGUCCCUCAUACUGUCUGAAACAUGGAGUACAGCAAGCCUGAAAUCCCUUGGACUAGCCCUGGUGAUGCUCCUGGCCCUCUGGGAGCCCCCCAGGUGUAGCAGAACCAAAGCUCAGAAAUCAUGAAUGACCAUAGGUGCAAGGAGGAGAGAAGCACUCUAGCAGUAACCCCAAAGAAAAUACUUGUUGUGCCCAGCUGCUUGAGUAAUGGGGAGAGGGCAGGGGGAGAAGGAGCCAAGCCAAAAGAGACCCAAUCUGCAGA